CGUGUCUGGUUUGCGCUGACACCGGCCACCCAGCAGAUCCCCACAGAGUAGCCUCGACUGCCGUGAAGAUCCUAGCUCCCCCAGUUCCUGCUUCCGCCGCAGCCUUUCUAUUCAUUUUUCUGGAGCAACGUUUUCCGGCUCCUGCUGCGUCAGACCCAGCCUCCGCAGCACUGGUCGGAUGCCACUGGAAGCUGGUGUAUCAUGUCGAGGAUACAUCUCUAAUCCAACAAGAAUCCCGAGUAAGAAAGCAGCAAGAGGGUGUGGGACAAACCUGUCAACACGGAGCUGAGUGGAGGGGAGAAGACACCGCCUGAGCUGUCAAAACAGACUUCUGAGCAUGUUAGCCAUGCUUUAGCACACACAGGAAAGUCUGAUUGGUUGCUGGAGGAACACCUGCUGUCUUUUCUUAAAUACCCUUAAGCCACAAAUACACAUCUCCCUCUCAUUUGUCAUUUGCUGUCUACCAUCCCUGCAGAGAUGGCAAUGCCAAGAUUGGCACUGUGGCACUUGUGGUGACAGGGCACAGAGUGUGUGCACACAUUGGCAAGCAGGCCGGUGGGUCGGCGGCUGUACAGGCACACCAAGAGGCAUUUUCAGUUGGGCGUGGUUGAACCAUGCGGCCCUGGGCAGGUUCAUGGCGUUGGAUUACCCUGGUGCUGUUGGCCUGGGGCACGCUUCUCUUCUACAUCGGCGGUCACUUGGUGAGGGAUAGCGAACACCCGGAGCGAUCCAGCCGGGAGCUCUCAAAGAUCCUGGCCAAACUAGAGCGGCUCAAGCAGCAGAAUGAAGACCUGCGGCGCAUGGCCGAAUCGCUCAGGAUACCAGAGGGUCAGGCAGAAGCAGGGUCCCUGGCUGCAGGGAAACUACGCUCUUUGGAAGACCAGCUAACCAGAGCAAAACAGAAGAUCCACAGCUUCCAGAAACUCACAGGAGACGGCCCCGGGCCCACUCAAGAGGAGAUGCGGAGGAGGGUGGAGAAUGGUGUUAAGGAGUUCUGGUACUUUGUUCGCAGCGAGGUGAAGAAGUUGGCCAGUGUUGAGCUCAGCGAGAGGCAAAAAUACAGCGACACGCUCUUGCAGGACCUUGGACACCAGGAGAGGUCCAUCAUGACAGACUUGUACUACCUCAGCCAGGCGGACGGAGUGGGCGAGUGGAGAGUGAAGGAGGCUAAAGACCUGUCGGAUCUGGUCCAGAACAGAAUCACCUACCUACAGAACCCCCCAGACUGCAGUAAGGCGAGAAAGCUGGUGUGUAACAUUAAUAAGGGCUGUGGUUAUGGCUGCCAGCUCCACCAUGUCGUCUACUGCUUCAUGAUCGCAUAUGGCACCCAGCGCACACUCAUCCUCGAGUCUCACAACUGGCGCUACGCCCCCGGCGGCUGGGAGACCGUCUUCCUGCCUGUCAGUAACACCUGCACUGACCGUUCCGGGGCCACCACUGGACACUGGUCAGGAGAGGCCCAUGAUAAGGAUGUGCAGGUUGUCGAGUUGCCUAUCGUGGACAGUCUGCACCCUCGGCCCCCCUACCUGCCCCUGGCGAUCCCCGAGGACCUGGCCCCACGCCUGCAGCGUCUGCAUGGUGACCCUUCUGUCUGGUGGGUGUCCCAGUUUGUCAAGUACCUGGUGCGGCCUCAGGCGUGGCUGGAGAAGGAGAUCCAGCAGAGCACCGCCAAGCUGGGCUUCAAACACCCCAUCAUCGGAGUGCAUGUGAGGAGGACAGAUAAAGUGGGGACAGAGGCGGCCUUCCACCCCAUAGAGGAGUACAUGCUGCAUGUGGAGGAGCAGUUCCAACAUCUGGCCAGACGUGUCCACAUUGACAAGAAACGAGUUUACCUGGCCACAGACGACCCUUCCCUGCUGCAGGAGGCCAAGACCAAGUAUCCAGACUAUGAGUUCAUCAGUGACAACUCCAUCUCGUGGUCAGCAGGCCUUCACAACCGCUACACUGAGAACUCACUGAGAGGAGUCAUCCUGGACAUCCACUUCCUGUCCCAGGCCGACUUCCUGAUCUGCACCUUCUCUUCGCAGGUCUGCCGUGUGGCCUAUGAGAUUAUGCAGACGCUGCAUCCAGACGCAUCCUCUUUCUUCUACUCCCUGGAUGACAUCUACUACUUUGGAGGUCAAAACGCCCACAACCAGAUCGCCGUCUACCCCCACCAGCCACGCAAUGGGGAGGACAUUCCCCUGGAGCCCGGUGACGUGAUUGGCGUCGCCGGCAACCACUGGGACGGAUACUCCAAAGGCAUCAACCGCAAACUGGGCCGCACUGGCCUCUACCCUUCCUACAAGGUCAGAGAGAAAAUUGAGACGGUGAAGUACCCGACGUACCCUGAGGCAGACAAACUGCUCAACUCUCAAAAGAAGUAAAAGAAACUGAAAAAAGAAAAGACUGAGAAGGCGUGAGGAGAAACAUGCAGACUCCGAUUUCAGGGAAGGAGGCUGCUUUUUGUACAGAAGAGAGGCGUACUUAGUGCGCUAAGCUGAGAAGAAAAGAAAAAUCCUGUACCCAGGGGUGAUGGGUACAAGAAUGCACUCUGUGUGUUUAUGUGUGAGAGUGUGGGUUCAUGUGUGUGCGCGCGAACGUGUACUGUAUGUAAAUGCCUGUGCGUAUGUCAGGUUAUGAAAGAUUUGCACCCUACCAUUACUCCCCCGCCUGAUGUUCUAACGUCAGAGAUGUAGACAAGAACACUGAUUUUAAAUAAGCAAGAAAACAAUAACAACUACACAACUGACCAAGCUUGCUCUCCUGAGACGAGGCUGGGACUACUGGAAGACUGACACACCCCAGAGUGAGGCUGACUGGGGAAAAAAUCUCAAACUGGAAAAAAAAGUGAUUUGAUUUUUUUAGUGCUUCUGGUUCGAAACUUGCCUUUCUUCUUUUUCUCCUGUUUUGUUUUUUGUUUGUUUGUUUUUUGUUUACUGAAUGUACUGUAUCCUCUUGCCAUGCUCACUGCUGCCCCUCCCCCUUCCUCCUGCUCCAAUCACUGUGCUUCCUUCAUCUCGUCUCUACAUGUGCAAUUCAUUUUAUAUACCAUACUGUGCUUUCAUCGAGUGUUUUUUAACAGUUUUAAUUUUGUGUGUAUGGGGCCUGUGCAUUGUAUACUGUACAGUGUGAAUGUGCAAGAGGGUGUAUGUGUGUGUGUGUGAUGAAGUGAGCCUGUGUGAGCAGUGUGUGUUUUUAUUUCUGGCUUUCCUCCCAACUGAUUAGUGUUUGUGUGGCCCAGCGGGAGACUGGUGUUGACAGUAUGAUCUAUCCUCAGCCCCUCAGCACUUGGAACAAUGGUGAUCUCCAGUCACUCCACCGAUGACCUCUAUUGAACAAUGGUGACACUGCGUGAACUAUGGGGAACUCAUGGUGCACACACACACACACAAGAGCCGUCCCAAAGCUCACCAAAAGAAGCACUCCACUGAGAUAAUGUCCUUUUUUGCAUCUCUGCUGUCUCUUCAGUGUCAUGUUUGUUUCUUUUUUACUUUUAACAUUGCUGAUUUAAAAUAUAAAUGAGGAAAAUAUGCCUAUGUUUAAAAUGAUGAUAAUGCUGUGUCAUAUCAAAAUCAUGAAGACUUUUCAUAAUUUAUGUUCUUGGGCAUUGUCUUUGAUAACCACGGUUCAAAUAAACUUGAGAAACCAACAUGGCA